GGCGGCGAUCUCGGAGCAGAUUGGACUCUUCUCUCGUUUGUGCGCCUCCGUCGCUUCCUCAGCAACCAUGUCUGAUAAACCCGAUAUGGCCGAGAUUGAGAAAUUCGAUAAGUCGAAAUUGAAGAAGACAGAAACGCAAGAGAAAAAUCCACUGCCUUCCAAAGAAACGAUUGAACAGGAGAAGCAAGCAGGCGAAUCGUAAUGAGGCCCGCACCGCCAAUAUGCACUGUACAUUCCACAAGCAUUGCCUUCUUAUUUUACUUCUUUUAGCUGUUUAACUUUGUAAGCUGCAAAGAGGUUGGAUCAGUUUAAAUGACUGUGCUGCCCCUUUUCACAUCAGAACUACUGACAAUGAAGGCCGCACCUGCCUCUCCCAUCUGCCUCUCUAGCUGGCGGGGAAGGAAAAGAACUUGCAUGUUGGUGAAGGAAGAAGCUGGGUGGGACGACAGUGAAAUCUAGAGUAAAACCAAGCUGGUCCAAGGUGUCCUGCAGGCUGUAAGAUGCAGUUUAAUCAGAGUGCCAUUU